CACACAUACACACACACACGGACGUAAGCAAAUACGUCGAUGUCGCUGUGCUUGUGAUAAUAAUAUAUCAGAGAGACAUAGCCAUAUAUAGAAAUCCGUCACCGCUGGUAUAAAAACGAAUUUACUGAAACUGCCCUGUCAGUACAUUUCAUACACUUUUUAGGCAUCAUUUGCCCCACUAUAUCACCAGUUAAAAUGUCAAUGUCUUUAAAGAAAUUUAUGUUCUCCAUAAAUCUUGCAUCUUUGGGAUUUUUCUUGCUGAUAUCGUUUCAAUGUAUAGUCACGUUGGCAGAAGCUAAGAAUCCCGCGAAAAAGGUUAUCAAGGUUUCUACGUUCCAAAUACACCCCUUUUACAUGGAAGAAAAGCAUGAAAGUGGAACAGAACAGCAUGGCUACAUAGUUGAUAUGUUAGCUGAGAUGGCUCCAUUAAUGAAUGUGACCUUUGAGAUAAACUUAGUGAAAGACGGACACUUUGGACAAAUUCGUGAAGAUGGAAACUGGACCGGAAUGAUUGGAGAAGUUAUAUCAGGGCAUGCUGAUAUUGCUGCCGCUCCACUCACCCUCACUUUAGACCGUUUGAAACAUGUGGAUAUGUCUUUUCCAUUUCUAAGUUCUGGAUAUAAAAUCGUUAUUAAAAAACCAGAGGCGAUACAAAUGACACGUGGACUUUUCAUUGUUUUAAAACCAUUCACAACUCCUGUUUGGUGUUUCAUCAUAUUAGCUUAUGUACUGACCGGUAGCUUUCUGGCAAUAAUCGGUCGAAUUAGUCCGUAUGAAUGGACAAACGCGUCGGACGUGGAUGUUGAUUCGGAAAAACGUAGCAGUUUUAAUUGUAUGAAUAGCUUUUGGUUCACCUUCAGUACAUUCAUGUGGCAAGGAUAUCGUAUUGCGCCUCGGUCUUAUUCUGGAAGAACACUGAGUGUGUUUUGGUGGAUAUUCGUCUUGGUAACACUGGUUCUUUACAUCGGUUCCAUGGCAGCGCACUUACUGGCAAACAGACCAAAAAAUGAGUUCCUCCCAUUCACCACUUUUCAUGAAUUGGCCAAACAGAGUGAAGUCCGUUAUGGGGCCGUAAAAUCAGGUUCAACCGUUCGUUAUUUUAAAAGGUCAUCAGUUCCUGUGGAAAGAGUUAUUUAUGAAAACAUCAUGAAGGACCAAAGCGUUUUGACAUCAUCAGUAAGGGAAGGUUUGCAAAGGGUGCGAGAAUCAGAAGGCAAGUAUGCCUACAUUAUGGAAGGCGAUCUGGCUGAAUUUUUAGUUAGUCAAAAACCCUGUGACCUUAUGGUAGUCGGAGAUAUAGGAGAUCACUCUUAUUCCUUUGUCACGCAGAAGAAUUCUUUACUGAGUAAUGAGGUAAAUCAAGCUAUUAUUAGACUAAAAGAAAUGAAUAUUAUUAAAAAAAUACACGAGAAAUGGAUGCUGGGUGAAUGUCACACGAAAAUCUUUAGGGAAGUCUUCAUGGAUGGUCAAGCGUACUUUGAUAAAAUGACUGCAGCACAUGACGACAUCUUCAGCGGUCUUAGCGUCACUUUAUUUGCUGGCCCUUUGAUAAUAUUGCUCAUUGGAAUGAUUAUAGCUGGAUCUUUAUUGGUGGCUGAAGUGUUCCUGUCUGGCGGAGGUAUCAAGCGUCAUAACAUUCGUGAAGGUGGCCACCAGCUUCGAGAAAGCUUUAAUGAAUAAAACUAAUUGAGAUAAAAGCAAAUUUUUACUGGACAUGCGCAGAUGAGCGAUGAGGUGAUGUGUCGGAAAAUCGGUGAGGCAAAAGAUGAACAAGUUACUGAUAAGUGGCUCAUUAAAAUACACUUGUACUAACUUGA